AACCAGCCAGCUUGCCUCAGCUGCUCGAGUGCUGGGCAUGCGUGCUGGCGCCCUAGCUUUGGAAUCGUUGCGGUAAAACGGAUCGAUGCAAACAAACAGAGAGCUGCGGUGCUGGUUCCGAGCGCUUAUUCUUCGCUUCGCAGGGCCCAGGGAAGUUUAAUAAUUACGAAAAAGGCACGACAUAGCAACAGUCUACAGAGAAACAAGUGCCGCGUACGCAGCCAACCAUGUCCGAGCUUCGGAAGAGAGCCACGGAUCCCGAGCAGAAAGAAUCGAAGGAGCAUGCAGUCGACUCGGAUGACGAAAAACUACCCGAGGAAGGCCAAGUAGACAACCUGACGAAAGACCUGCCUCAAGCGACUGACGAAACCACAGCUGUUUUGGACAAUUACUUGAGCGGCCUCUCGAAAAGAUGGAGAAACUGGGUCGUCAGAGGAAUCUUCACGCUGCUCAUGAUGUCAUUUUUCGCACUGGUCAUUUGGAUGGGACCUUUGGCUCUAAUGAUUCUAACGCUAGCAAUCCAAGUGAAGUGCUUCCAGGAGAUUAUUGCCAUUGGCUAUGCUGUCUACCGAGUGCAUGGGCUUCCUUGGUUUCGCUCUCUGUCCUGGUACUUCCUCGUGACAACAAACUACUUUCUAUAUGGAGAAAGUCUUGUGGAUUACUUUGGUGUUCUUAUCAGUCGAACGGACUCACUGAAGCCACUUGUGCGCUACCACCGCUUCAUUUCAUUUUGCCUGUACUUGAUGGGCUUCAUCUGGUUCGUGUUGAGCCUUGUAAAGAAAUAUUACAUGCGCCAAUUCUCUUUGUUUGCCUGGACACAUGUGACAUUGGUCCUCAUCGUGACCCAAUCAUACUUUCUCAUUCAAAACAUCUUCGAAGGUUUGAUCUGGUUCAUAGCUCCAGUGUCAAUGAUUGUCUGCAAUGACGUGAUGGCCUACAUGUUUGGCUUCUUCUUUGGCCGGACACCAUUGAUCAAGCUUUCACCAAAAAAGACAUGGGAAGGCUUUAUAGGUGGAGGUAUCGCAACUGUCAUCUUUGGCGCUCUUUUGUCACAGUACCUGUGCCAGUUCAAAUACUUUGUCUGUCCAAUUGAAUACUCUGAAGAGUUGGAGCGCAUGACUAUGGACUGUGAACCUUCACCACUGUUCCAACCAACAGAGUAUGGAUUUCCAGGGUGCAUUGAGGCAUUGUGCAAUCUUUUGCAUUUGAAGACUACCAUCACACUCUAUCCUUUCGUACUUCAUUCGUUGAGCUUCUCAUUGUUCAGCUCCAUCAUUGGACCUUUUGGAGGAUUCUUUGCCAGUGGUUUCAAGAGGGCCUUCAAGAUUAAGGACUUUGGGGACAUCAUUCCUGGCCAUGGAGGCAUAAUGGAUCGUUUUGACUGCCAGAUUUUGAUGGCUUCCUUUGUGAAUGUCUACUAUCACAGUUUUAUCAGGGCCCCUAACCAGCAGAAGAUUCUGCAGCAGAUCUACCUGAUGAAGCCAGAAGUACAGCUGCAAAUUUUCAGCAGCUUGCGGGACACACUGCUAGCACGGGGCUUGCUCCCUACCUAAAGGGAGCACCAUCAAGGAAGCAACAGUCGCUACAGAACUAGUCACUCAUGUUGUGGGCAUCACUACCUUGUUCUAUACUUAAGGUUCAUUGCCCUGCCACCCCCUUCCCACACUCUUUCCUGCUUUUUGAAAAUUCACUUUAGUAGAGCUUUCCAGGCUGUUGCGGUUACUCAUAAUUUGAGGAGGAAACCGUCGGCAGUCAAUGCAUUGAUGUGGGAAUAUUGCAUAUUAGCCAAGGUGCAAAGGAAAUCAUGGACCAAAAAGUUGUCAUAUGUGUACUUCAGUCAGAAUAUUUACCUGCAUUUAAAAGGUUCCAAGUUUUAGUUUAAGUGUUUUGUCCUACUAUAUGGCAUCAGUAGUUGGCAUAAUUUGCUCUUAAGUGAAUUCUCCCACUUGUGUAGGCCCUGCAAUGACUAUAAUGGCAACACUACUUGGCAUUUCUUUUGGCUGUGUAUUGCACAGUCCACUUUUUAAAAUGCAAUUACUCAUUUGUCUUGUAGAAACUGUAUGCUACAGCAUAUUCUAUAUAGUUAAUUGUAUGUCUAAUUGUGAUGUGUUUUAGUUCUUUAGUUAGCUGGCAAGUUCUGAAGUUGCAUGAAACCUUGAUGUUCUGAUGUAGUUGGUCAAACGCAUGACUUUGUUGCUUUGACACUGGAUAUGUAACAAAUGUAAAUGCAUCCUUUUCAGACUUUGCCAACGUAACAACCAUUAUACUUGUGAGGAGAUAAAUUUAAGCAACGUGAUGGUGUCCAUACACAGCAUCUUCACUUCUAAUUUGCUUUUACAUAUAAUACUGCAGUAAUGUAAAAUAUGCAGCAUGCUUUUCUUGGAUGCUCAUUAAAGAUUGUUUAGAAAGGAGUUAUACGAUGCCAAAAAGCAUGUGUGUUGUGCUACAGUGUAUUGAGAAAAGAGGCUGUCUCGUUACUGAAUUUGUCAGUAAAAGUACAAGCACAUUUUCUGAAACUUGGAAGCCUUUGUUUGUGUUGUUCAUUUAUGAGCUGUAAUUUCUCAUAUGUAACUGACAUUGUUUUUAUUUGGGUGUUGGGCAGUCUUCGCUACUUCAAGAAAGGUACACAAGCUCCAGGAGGUGCAUGUUGCAGUACAUAGUACUGCUUUUCUGUGAGCCAAUACUUGUUUUGUUAUGCUAUAUGUGCCAAUGUUUCAUGUUUGCUGCAUUCCAGGUCGCUUUAUUUUUUUGGUGCAGUUUUGUGAAGCUUGCAUUGAGCUUGAUGCUUUCGACAUAUCAGUUGCUGUAGAGGUGCACAUUCCUAGUCGAUGAUACACCUCUUGUAGAGGAAAUCAGUUCAAAAGCACACCCCACCUGGAGGAGCUUUGUGCUGGCAGAAGCACUGCAUUUCCCGAUAUCCUUAUUAAGAAAGACAUGAGGCUUAAUGCAUUGCAAAUGAGAUGUGAAUCUGAAACUUUUUUACUUUAUAUUAGUUUAUGUGAUAUGUUAUGAAGAUCUAGAAUAUGUGCAUUAUUGGAAUUAAUGCAUUAAUAACAUUAUUUUUAAUGUGUAAUGAAGGUUUCCAGCUGCAAUUGCUGGCAGUAUUUCUGGAAAGGCACUGCAGUACCUCAUUUCUGUAAGCUAAUUGCUUUGAAAGUCAUUGGCAUGAGUAGGUAGUAGUAAUAACAUAUGGUAGAUGGAAAUGGGCAUUUCCCUUCAUUUGUAUGACACAUGACAGUGCAUACAGUGUCCGUUGCUUUUAUCUUGGGUGUUAUGAUUGUCUUUGUACACAAAUAGACUAAUGCCUCCACUCCUGAUCUUAAAAUAGUAUUAAAUGUUCACCAGCACCGUUCAAGGGUUUUUUCUUUAAGGAUGGCAGCAUUACUACAAGAGGGCAAGUGCAGUACUGUGGACGGACCAGGUCGCCUACUUUGCCAGCCUAACAAGAGCAGGGUGCCUCGCAUAGUAGUACUUCAGAGUCGCAGGAUAUAAAGAAGCACAUACAGGUGUAUCAUCAGUAAAAUGGACCAAGUUUCAGAAAUAUUGACAUUUUUUUUCAUGUGUCAUUAUUUAAUUCUUCCCUGUUCUGCUGCACACCUUGUGGCAUCUUGAAUAUCUAAACGAGUAGUAACUUAUUAUUUAGCUUAAAUUAUUCCUUUAGAAAGUAAAUGGGGGGACUAAUACUAUAGUCGUUGAUAAAAUUUCAGUUACAUUCCUGUUUUAAAUAGUGUGAAAGUAACUAUGAAAACUUAGCACUGGGCCUACAUGCCAUGAUAUGGUCUGUAGCAGUCACUGUUCAAGUACACAGUGUCAAUUUCUUGAACACAUUUGUUACCACUUAAUUAUGAUGCAGCUUACUUCAGUCGUCACAUUGUUUAAUUUCUUCUGCUUCUUAGACCACUUUAAUCUGUUAAUAAUAACAAUGAUAAAUAAUCACACUAGUACAUCACAUUUUGCAUAGAUCUAUCCAAUAUUUUUGAUCUUGGCCCACAUUACCCAUGACACCCUGUAAAUGUUCAUAUACAGUGCAAUGUGAUGCUUGUUCCAUUAUAUAUUCCCAUGUUCAGAUAUUUCAGUGUUGGUGUCCCAGACAGCUGGAGUGCACAGAAAUGUUGGCUGUUUCCAUGUCUUCUACAGUCGUUCUUGUUGCCAUGUUGUUGAUGCACUUUUUCUUAGUGUGGUGUUUGCAUUGACGAAACCUUUGUCUUGGUUGUGAAGUAUUUCCUGCACUUCUGAGGAUCAAAGAUCGUAAUAAAGAGAUAU